UGUCAUAAAUUUUAUUAUUUUUUUUAAUAUUAAAUUACAAAUUAUUUAAUAAAAAAAUAAAAUAUUUUAAAAAAAAAAGGAACAACAAAAAAACCACAAAAGUGUCUCAUUAUUACCCAAAAAAAUUUAAUUAAAUAACAUUAAAAACCAAAAAUAAUAACAAAUAAAAAUUUAUUUAGUUGAAUUUUAAUUCAAAACAUGUAAAUAACACAGAAAAAUCGAUUAAAUUGUUUUGAAAUUUGCUAAAAAACAAAAAAAAAAAGAACAAAGGUGAUAAUUUUUGUAAAAACUGUAGAACUCAACUAUGGAAUUGAAGUAAAAAAAUUUUAGAAAAAUAAAACACAUAAAAUCAUUGCAGAAUUAAACAAGUCCUGCGUGUGUUCAUAUUAAAGAUCAUAAAAAAGAGCGUCAUCUAUAUGUCAAAUUUAAUUAGCUAAUUUGAACAUUAAUAUUGAAAUUGGGUUUUUUGAAUUGAAUGAGAAUUCCAAUAAUUUCAAUAGCGUUCCUUUUUUUGUUUUCUCUUUAAGAAAAAUGUUCAAUUCCAUAUCAAAAUUAUCUAAACGAAUUAUUUUGGAAAAGCUCAAACGCGAUCCAGAUCACAAUGAAAUUUAGAAUUCUAAGGUAAUCCUUCACUAACCAAAGCAAAAGAAAGAUAAAAAGAAUAAAUUAGGAAAACAAUUCAUUGAAUUAAAAAGAGAUAAGAACGGAAGGAAUUGAAAUUAAUCAGCGGGCAAGUGGCAAGCAAGUGGGCGGGAUACUCAAAAUAUUUAAUAGUGAAACAAAACACAAAAUAAACACGGGCGAGGUGAUUAAAAUAAUAUUAAUAAAAGAACGUUAUUGUAAAAAUUAUAAAUAUUUGAUUAUAAAUUUAAAUUAAUAAUGCCAGUGUUUAAUAUAAUAUCACGUCGACAACAAAAGGCUGAAGACACUCUUGAAGAUAUUAUAACAUUUGAAUCGUCUGAUUUAGCAGAAUCAUUAAAAUUGGAUACAAGUUUUUCUAGUAAUGACGUCUCAAUUAAAGAAGAACCUCGGAUACUAACCGAUGCUGAAAUGCAUGCAAUGGCAAAAGAUCGACAAAAAAAAGAUAAUCAUAAUAUGAUUGAACGACGUAGACGAUUCAAUAUAAAUGACAGAAUUAAAGAACUAGGAACUUUAUUACCUAAAACCAAUGACCCAUAUUAUGAAGUUGUACGUGACGUGCGUCCAAAUAAAGGAACAAUAUUAAAAUCAUCAGUUGAUUAUAUAAAAUGUUUAAAACACGAAGUAAAUAGAUUAAAACAGAAUGAUUAUCGUCGCAAAGAAAUUGAGCAUCAAAAUAGGCGUUUAUUGAUGAGAAUCCAGGAAUUGGAAAUGCAAGUUAAAUCUCAUGGAUUACCACUUACAGAAUUUAGUAUAAAUUCAUAUUCGCCAACGGCAUCUAUAUCAAAUGCAUAUAUAAAAUCCGUAAGUCCAAAUUUGACUUCAAGUCAACAAAAUAAUAAAUUAAAUACUAUGAAUCAAGAUCAACGAAAUCAUCAUCAUAAUCACCGAAUGCCUACAAAUAUGUCAGAAGUAAUAGCCUCAAAAAUUAUCGAGCCAAUAAACGACGCGACCAAAUUAAAUUUAUGUCAAAUGGAAGAUUUAAUGGAAGAUGAUCACCCAGUACAUGGUGGUGAUCCAAUGCUAUCACAUAAUAUAUUAUCAUCACCACAUUCCUCGUCUGCUUCAAUAACAUUAGAUGAUUUAGAUAGAAUAACACCAAAUGAUUUAAAUAUGGACGAACAUGAUUUACAAAAUAAUUUAAAUAACAAUGAAGACAAUAAUAACAAUAAUAAUAAUAAUGAUCAACAUCAAGCGCAACGUCAUAAUUAUGAUUAUUAUAGUAUAUGUAAAAAUACAAAUAUUGAUAAUCAUUUAAUAAAUAAUAAUUUAAAUAAUUGUGAUGAUAUUAAUUGUAAUAACAAGAAUAAUAUCAAUAAA